UAGUAAUUUGUUCGCGGCGUUUUUUUUUCUUUGCCAGGCGAGGAAGAUCUGCCAGAGGAACUCGAUAACGAGGGAAGGCCGAUAGCGAAUGGGCGUGUGAACCGAAGCGCCCUGUUCAGGCUUGUGGUUCUUUUCACUACCCUCUCGUGAAUCAUUGGGAUGGACGCGACCAGCGAGCAGCCGGCCGCGAUCGCGGCCACUGAGUCCGCCUCCACCAGCGAGCAGGAACACAAUGACGAGGCCAUGGAGGAGACGGAGGAGUACAACUACGAGGGCGAUGAUUACAGGCAUUUUAUGCCGCGCGGCCGCGGUGGAUUUCGGGGUCGUGGCAGAGGUGGGUUUGAUUUCCCUAUGAGAGGUGGUGGACCUCCAAGGUUUCGAGGUAGAGGUUUUGGACCACGUGGACCAAUGUUUCGUGGAGCAAACAAUGGAUUUCCCUUUGAAGGACCACCAAGGCCAAAUUGUCCACCUGGCCCAGCAGGACCAAGAUUUAGAGGACCGCCACCAUUUGAUCCUAGCUGGGGACCUAUGGGACCACCUAAUCUCAUGGGCCCUCCAAACCUAAUGGGGCCUCCAGGAAUGCCACCACCACAUAUGAUGAAUGGUCCUAUGGGUGCAGGACCAGGGCCAUAUGGGCCACCUCCUGGAAUGGGGCCACCUAACAUGAACAGCAUUCCAGGACAACAGCCACCGCAACAAGCGCAACAACAGGCAAACAUUCCAGGUCUAGAUCUCAACGGAGAAGUGUGGGUAGAGACAAAAGCAGCUGACGGCAAAUCGUAUUAUUACAAUAUCCGUACGAGAGAUACCACAUGGACUAAACCGGAGGGACCAAAUGUGAAGGUCAUGGUACAAGAUCAAUUAGAACAGUUGGUACACGGUGUCAAACAGGCAGCGCGUUCUACUACGCCUACUCCGUCGGGUAAUACGCCGACUCAGAUUAAUGAAAACAGAAUCUCUCAAGGUGGUGAACAAUCGUCCUCUAACAGCACAGAUGCCAUUAAUCAAUUAAGUACGGCGCCCCCUGGUACUGGACCACCGCCUACAUUGAAUGACACACCAGACGUCAGUAAUCAAACAGCUGAGACUAAUCAGUCAAACGGCGCAGCACCCGCAACGGUUACCAGCACACCGCCAAUAAAUACACCGGCGGUAAAUACGAACAUGAUGCAACCGCCGCCAAACAUGAUCCCCAUGCAGCAUAGAAUGCCAAAUCAGUUUGGUAGUCCAAUCGCCACACAAUUCGGAGCGGCACCCUUUGGAAUGCCACCACCUGGUUUUCAACCCUUUGGCGGUUAUGGACCACCACAAGCAAAUUGGGGUAUGCCGCAAAUGCCGCAUGGUGUAAUGGCACCUCAAGCGCCCGCUGAAGAUCCUGCUAUACUUGCACAACUUGAUUCUGAAUUAGUAGCAGCUGCUAUGGUUUGGACUGAGCAUCGUGCACCGGACGGUAGAUUCUAUUAUUAUAACAGUAAGGCAGGAGAAUCAGUAUGGGAGAAACCACAAGCCUUGAAGGAUCUGGAAAAUGCGAAAUUAACGUUACGGCAGAAAAAUGAGGAAGCUACUAUUGUCCCAACUAGUACUGCUGUUACAACUACUCCUGUUACUAAUAACAGCACUACGAUAGAACCUAUCAAACAAGAGAAACCGCAAGAGAACGCUCAUGAAACCAAAGAUAGUACAAAAGAUACGGAUAGCACUAAACUGAAGAAAGAGGAAAAUGCUGUGAAGGAAUCUGCAAAGCCUCAAGACAAGUCUAGACCAAUCUCUAGUACGCCAGUGCCUGGAACUCCAUGGUGUGUUGUUUGGACGGGAGACGGACGGGUAUUUUUUUACAAUCCUUCUUCGCGAAUAUCAGUCUGGGAAAGGCCAGAUGAUCUCGUUGGUCGUCAGGAUGUAGACAAAAUGGUAUCGACGCCACCGGAUGCGGUUGCUGCUACAAAACCAGUACGUCAGUCGGACACUAGCGAGAGCAGCGAUGAUGAUCAACCCACACCAGCAAAGAAGAUAAAACACGAUGAUACCAAAACCACACCCAUAAAGGAAGAAGAAGAGAAGGAAGGAAAGAAGGGGACAAUCGAUAUAGGUAAAGAAGCUGCGAUAGAGGCCGAGGUGAGGGCAGCGAGGGAAAGGGCGAUAGUUCCAUUGGAAACGAGAAUCAAGUCGUUCAGGGAUAUGCUUGCAGAGAAAGAUGUAUCUGCAUUCAGUACUUGGGAAAAAGAACUCCAUAAAAUAGUGUUUGAUCCGCGCUACCUACUUCUAACGUCGAAAGAAAGGAAACAGGUCUUCGAGAAAUACGUGAAGGAGAGAGCGGAAGAAGAAAGGCGAGAAAAGAGGAAUAAGAUGAAAGAACGAAAGGAACAAUUCCAAAAGCUCUUAGAAGAAGCUGGACUUCAUGGAAAAUCAUCGUUUAGCGAUUUUGCUCAAAAACACGGCAGAGAUGAACGAUUUAAGAAUGUAGAAAAGAUGCGCGAACGAGAAAGCCUUUUCAACGAAUAUCUUCUGGAAGUGCGAAAGAGGGAAAAAGAGGAAAAAACAGCGAAACGAGAACAGGUGAAAAAGGAAUUCUUUGCGAUGCUACGUGAGCACAAAGACAUCGACAGACAUUCGCAUUGGAGCGAUUGUAAGAAAAAAUUGGAAACGGAUUGGAGGUACAGAGUCGUAGAAUCGGCAAGCACGCGGGAAGAUUGGUUUAGAGAUUACGUUCGCAUGCUGAAGGAUGAGCGGAAAAAGGAAAAGGAGAAAGACAAAGACCAUCGGCACAGAGAGAAAGAUCACAAGGCGGACAAGAAGGAUAGAGAUCGUAAGGAUACCGACAAAGGUAAAGAGACAAAGUCCAGCAAGGACAAAGGUGACAAAGAUAAUACAAGGGAAAAGAAGCAACGAAAGAGCGAAGCACCCGUGGAGGAAAAUGAAAAGGAAAAAAAGGAGAUGAUGGUAGAGAAAGAGAGCGGGGAAAUCGAAGAAAGUGACGACAAAAGCGUUAAAAAAGAGAAUGACAAGGAAGAGGGAGAUGACCAUUCCGAUUCGGAGGAGGAUCGCGAGAAACAGAAAAGGGAACGUGAAAGACGAGCGGAAGUUAGUCUUCGAGAAAGAGAGAGAGAAGUGCAAAGGACUUUAGCUACACAUCUUCGCGAUAGAGAUAAGGAGAGACAGCAUCAUCGUCAUACAGAGGCAGUUCAACAUUUCAGCGCUCUCCUAGCUGACUUGGUAAGAAACGGCGAUCUGGCAUGGAGAGAAGCAAAACGACAAUUAAGGAAGGAUCAUAGAUGGGAGUUGGCUGAAAGUUUAGAUCGUGAGGAAAAAGAACGAUUAUUUAACGAACAUAUUGAACAAUUGGGACGGAAGAAACGCGAUAAAUUUCGGGAAUUGCUCGACGAAGUAGGCGCAUCGACCGAGCUAACGGCAUCCUGGAAAGACAUUAAGAAAUCAUUGAAAGACGAUCCUAGAUAUUUGAAGUUUUCUUCUAGCGAUCGAAAAUGUGAGAAGGAGUUUAAGGAAUACAUCAAGGACAAACUCGUCGCAGCCAAAGCUGAUUUUAGGGAACUUCUACAGGAAACGAAACUGAUCACUGACAAAACGUACAAAAAAGUUCAAGAGAACAGCUCGCAUUUAGCAGAGAUUGAAGAAAUUCUUAGAAAGGAUCGCAGAUUUCUCGUGCUUGAGGCUGCAGCCGCCGAACGGACUCGAUUAUUAAUGGGCUAUCUAGAGGAAUUGGCACGUAGAGGACCUCCGCCACCUCCUACUGCUUCGGAACCAUCGAGGAGAUCAACUACAAAUUGAAAGCUGAUCUACAUCGAAGUAUGAUGAUAAUGAUACACAUAUGACACACAUUACAGUAACAGAAAUGAAUGAAUUUAUAGCUGUAGUUAAAUUGAAUUACUUUAAACACCGAAUUAUCGUCUGUAUAGGAUUCAAUAAAAUUUAAUGCCAAUUCUACAUUGAGAUUAAGAUUGUAUUGUGGGCUGUUGUAGCGUAAGCAUAUUAUUGUUGAAUAAUAUAUAAUAUGAGUGAUA